AUCUCGUUUGUCGGAAGAUAGCACGCAAGAACUUUUGUUACACGGUAAUCACACCAACAAUGUUUUACUUAAUUGCUGCUCUACUGUAUAGCUGUGUCUCAACAGGACUCGCUUCUACGCAGACACCAGUUAUUACACCUUGUUCAGCUACACAUAUCGUGAUCAUCGAUGACGUGAAAAUCACGAACGCCAAGGUCGGCGAAACCAUGGUUCUUUCGUACUCUGGUCAGUUAACGCAAACACUCGAUGGAUCUCCAAAGGUUAAGUUGACAAUUAUGAUUAAAAAAGGAAAUAUCAAGCUCCCCUGCAUAGCCGACCUCGGUUCCUGCGAGUACGACCUUUGUGGCGGCACGUCAACGAUCGAAAUGCUGUUUGGAGCAGCGUGGAACAACACAUGCCCGAUCCCAGCCGGAAGCUACUCGAGCAGUGUAAAUUUCGACAUUCCCGCUUUCGCCGGUCUGUUUAUCGGGGACGGCAACCUGCACAUCAAAAUCGAAGCCAUCAACAAUAAUAGCGUCCUGGAGUGCGAGGAAUUCGACAUAAAAAUAGACAAAUGAACGCAACUGCUUGUCACAUUUGGCCUCAUCGCUCGGGGUAUUUUGUCUUUACACCGACGUUUGGAGAAUAGCAGACAAAGCAAAUAAAUAAAGGAUUGUUCACGCA